ACCAAUCCCCAACAUGGCGCUGUCGAUAGGAUCGCUCGUCCCCGUUGUUUUGAUAGUUUUAUUCACGGUACUUGGUUUUCUUGCCGGUACGGCACAUCUGAAUAAUGAACAUGGAGUUUUAGAGGAAGUUUUUGAUGUAAAGCCAGGUGGCGAGACAAUUACUGUCGAGCACAGCAUGGGUAGUUUCUCCUGUGCAUUUACAUAUGUGUCACAUGGAGGAACAAACGAGGGUUGGGUUAUGACAAUAUCUGCCAACCCAGAAAAAACUUCCUUCACAUGUACAGUAGAAAGGCCAGGAGGAAGGUCAUAUUUAUUCUUCCAGUUAUUUAAUUUAAAAAUUAAGGGAGCCAAAAUUGAAGAAGCAGAAGCAUUUGGUGAUGCCGAUGAACCACUUAGAGCCGAGGAAUAUGUUGUCAAUAAAAAGAAAAACGCAGUCAGCUACAAAGAAGGGAUGUUCAGAUCACAUCUCACCAAGAUAAUGGUACUCGCUCUUGGACCUAAAACGGAACUGUGACCAUCGCUGUCAUUCAUAGUGAUUUAUUUAAAUAAACAUUUCAAAAAUGUCCUUCAAACAGAUCACUUCAGAAGGGGCUGUAUUUUUCAAUAUAACAG